UGGGGCUCUGUUAGGGCGGCCCUGUGGGACGAUUCCACUCUUUAUCAUUAGGAGAGCGACGGCUACGAAUGGCAGAGAAAUUACUGGGGCCAAGUCAGGCGUAUGCCGAAUGCCCAGCAGGGUGAGCUUUUAACAUCUCAAGAAUUGGCUGAGACUCUACCGUCUAAUUUGGUGACUUCUAUGAGAAAAUACCCUGGAGCAGGAUCUGAUGUCCGGGAACUUGUGCAGCAGCACCACCGCUGCGCGGGCCAGACAGGCUGUGGAGCAACUGCGACUGGAGGCUGGCAUAGAGAGAAUCAAGGUGUCACAGGCAGCGGCUGCGCUGAUCCAGUACUGCCAGGAGCACCGGCGAAAUGACCCACUGCUCACCGGCGUCCCGACAUCGGCCAACCCCUUCAAGGACAAGAAGCCAUGCGUCAUACUGUAGGAAAAAGUGACACCGAUGACAAAUCCAAACACGUAUGUUCAAAAAUGGCCAACUGGGUGGGAUGGAGGGGAACAGGAAUCUCUCCUCAGGAACACAUCCAAUUU